CGCUUCCCGCGCCCUGAAUUGAGAUGCGAUGCGCUAGAGUCGACGCACUGUCGGGCGGCCAUGCUCGUCUUGGGCUGACGGACAGCAUAGUCUUAUCGCCCGUCCUGUUCUCGCCGCAAUCACCACUUUCAAAGUGACGCUCACCAUCCUACCUACCUCUCCAUCCAUCAUCAUCGUCAACACUUACCGCCAUGUCACCAGUCAAGGUUCCGACCGCUGCAAAGCACCCGCUCGAUGCGCCGAACGAGGAUGAGAUUCUCGCAGUUACGGCCACGAUAAGGCCAUAUCUCGUUGAGAAGCACGGAGUCAAGGCUGUUCGUUUCCUCAAUGUCAUGCUCGCUGACCCGGAGAAGAAUGCUGUCAUUGAGGCAGGCCACUUCCCAGGAGGAGCCGCCAAGCAAUCCACGUCAGGAAAGAUUGAGAGGCAGUUCUGGGCGCACGUCGUUGACCUCGUAAAGGGCGACUCGUUCGAGCUCUUGGCUACUCUGGGAGCAGACGGUGUCUCGAUCGCAUCUGUUGAGAAGCUGCCUGAGGGCACACAGCCCUCGCUCACCAUCGAGGAGCUUUGCUUGGCAGAAGAGAAGUGCCGUGCUGACCCGCGAGUGGUCAAGGUCGCUGCCGACGUUGGUGUACCUCCUGAGCAACUCUAUUGCGACGGUUGGAGCAUUGGCUGGGACUCGCGCUUCCCUGGCAAGCGCCUGCAGCAAUGCAUCUGCUACCAGCGCCUCGGUCCUGACGAGCACCUCUACGCUCAUCCACUCGACUUUAUGCCCAUCCUCGACUGCAACACGGGAGAGGUGCUCGCCAUCGACUUCCCGGCCCACCGUGUUGGCAAGGGCGGCGCUCUGACGGCUGACUCGACCGAGGAGCCCAAGGAGAUCUCCUUCGACCCACCCACGACCCGUCAUCGUAUUCCGCCUCCCCGCGACAACCACAACUACCUCCCUCAUCUUGCCAACUCCAGCCCCCUCCACGAUGGCAACAAGCCUAUCGAGAUGCGCAAGGACCUCAAGCCUCUGAGCGUCGUUCAGCCGGAGGGCGUCUCUUUCAAGCUCGAUGGGCAAGUGUUGACCUGGCAGAAGUGGCGCCUUCACCUUGCAUUCAACCCUCGCGAGGGUGUGGUACUCAGCACAAUCAGCUACGCAGAUGACGAGGCUGCUGGGGCUAGCAAGGCAUCGCCCAAGGAGAGGCCACUCUUCUACCGUCUCUCGCUGUCCGAGAUGGUCGUGCCUUAUGCUGAGAGCACUGCUCCACACUAUCGUAAAUUCGCAUUCGACGUGGGAGAGUACGGCUUGGGCUUCCUUGCCAACUCUCUCUCGCUCGGAUGUGACUGCCUUGGUUCCAUUCAGUACAUGGACGGCUGCUUCGUCAAGCACGACGGUACAGUGGAGACGAUCAAGAAUGCCAUCUGCAUCCACGAAGAGGACACUGGUCUGAUGUGGAAGCACUCCGACUAUCGCCCGGGCGGUCAUGCUCACAAUGUACGAGGCAGGAAGCUGGUCAUCUCCAUGGUAUGCACCGUGGCCAAUUACGAGUACCAGAUCAACUGGUCCUUCCAUCUCGACGGCAACAUCGAGCUCGAGAUCAAGCUUACGGGUAUUCUGAACCUCUACCUUCUCGACAAGGGAGAGUCGCCCGCUGGCUUCGGCACAGAAGUCGCACCGCAGAUCAAUGCGCACUACCACCAGCACCUCUUCAGCUUGCGCGUCGACCCUCACAUCGACGGGCCGCUCAACAGUGUCCAAGAGCAGGAGAUCGUCUCUCUCCCUGCAGACCCCAAGACCAACUGGGCAGGCAACGCCUUCACCACCCGCAAGCGCAUCCUCGCCACGUCUGGAGAGGCAGUACGAGACGCCAAUGCGCACGAUGAGCGCAGCUGGUCCUUCGUAAACGAGUCGGUCAAGCACUACUCCAGCGGCAUGCCCGUGGGCUACAAGGUUGUCACCUCAGCGAUGCCUCGCCUCUACGCUCAGCCGGACAGUCUCGUCGCUCGUCGUGCGCCCUUCGCUACCCACCACAUGUGGACUGUGCCCUACGCUGAGGGGAGGAACUACUCGGCAGGCAGGUACCCAGUGCAGUCGAGAGUGAUCCCUAAGGACUCGGUAGCCGGGUGGGUCGGAGACGGGAAGGACAAGAUCGCCAACGAGGACAUUGUCUCCUUCCUGACGGUGGGAACUACGCACGUACCUCGUCCGGAGGACUUUCCCAUCAUGCCAGCGGAAGCAGUAAAGGUAACCUUGAAGCCCAUAGGGUUCUUCGCUCGCAACCCUGCCCUCGAUGUCCCCGCUGCGAAGGACGCGAAGUCGGUGAACGCGCAAGCUGCGGCGACGAACGGGUCCAACGGCUCGGCGUGCUGCCAGUGAGGCGCGCAUCUUCGAGGGGCCACUGGAUUCAGCUUCACUUUCCUCGCCGAGCUUGUCUCUUUAGCUGUUUUCUCCCACCUCACGAUCAAAAACAUUCGCGA